AUGUCAAACUAUAAGUGGAAAGGACGUUUUGUAAGUAAACAAGGGUACCAGGCACUUUGUAGUAGAUCCAAAAAUGCUCGAAAUCGCCUAAAGAAACUAGCAGCAGAACGAGAAGAGGCAGCUAAACGCAAAGAGGCGGCUAAUCUUCGUUCAAAUCUAAUCAAGGGCAAUAGAAUUGUUGAUUUGGAUUAUAUGGCUGAGCAAUUGGUCUGCUCCAAGUGUUCUUCAGAAUUGUUUAUAUCAGAUAUUGAAAAAGAACAACGUAGCGGCCUGGGCUCGUAUCUGUCCGUUCGAUGUCGCAUGUGUUUACAUGUGGAGACAAUAAAGUCUUCUCGGCAAUACAUAAACCCGUCAAGUGGACAACCAGUUUUUUCUAUUAAUACAAAAGCUGCAUUAGGAGCUAUCCAUACCGGCAUGGGACAAACUCAUCUGUCUGAAUUGUUUACUGUUAUGGAGCUUCCAAGCAUCAAUUCUCAGACAUUUAAAAAACAUGAACAAAUCAUUGGCCCUAUUAUAGAAUUUGUUGCAAAAGAGAGAUGUUCAGAAGCUGCAAUGGAGCGAGCGAUGACUGAAGAGAGUAUAGAGGAAAUGAAAAAGCUAUUAUUAAAUUUAGAAGGAUCAGCUAAGGCUAUGGAAGCUGAUCGUGCAGUUGAAUUAGUAACCAAAAGUCAGAUUCUGAAAGAAGCAAACGUACAAGUCGGGGUAUUCAUUGGCGAUAAUGACAGUUCAUCGAUUUCAGCAAUCCAAAAUGCCAGCAAUCAUAAAAUAGUUAAGCAAUUUGACAUGAACCAUUCAACAAAGAAUGUUGGUGGUGCACUUCAUGAGAUUAAAAAAGUAAAUGACCCAGAGAAAGAACUGUCGAAUGAUAUCAUAAAGUACAUACAACGUUGCUUUGCUUUUGCCGUUCAUCAGGAUAAAGGUGAUAUUUUGAAUAUUCAAAAAGCAAUUAGAAAUAUACCAGAACACUUAUUCGACCAUCAUGAAAAUUGUGGUUCAUGGUGUAGGGAUGAUUCUGAAAAUGGGAUUCGAUUGUACAAUGUUGAUUUGUACGACGCACUCAAAAAUUUCUUCAAUGAACUGGUUGAUGAUGAGUAUAAGUUUGUCAGUGCUGCCAGUAGCCAAGCCAAUGAAAGUCUCAACCACUCAAUGUGCUCUAAAGCACCAAAAGGCAAUUCGUAUAGUACGUCAGAAUCUUGUGAUUAUAGAUUUAGUGUUACUAAAGCCCAAAAAAAUAUUGGAAAAAAAUAUUUGGUCAAGAGCAUGGAUACCUUAGAUAUGAUUGUCAAUAAACAAAAAUUAGAAAAACAUGCAGAAGAUUAUGAGAAAAAAGUAAUGAGAAUAAGGAAUAAAUCUAGUCGUCCGGAGUUUAAAAAACAAAGAUUAGAGAAUAAGAUUAAAAAGUCACAAUUGAGAAAUAGAAAAGAGCGUUCAGACGAUUAUACUUAUAAAAGUGAGAUGAACCUUAUUGACAAAAAGCAGCCUAAAUGCAUAACUGUAUUGGAUUUAAACACUCCAUACAAAUUCGAUAAUCCUAAUUUAGCUGUUAUAUUUUUUGAUUUGGAGACUAGUAGUCUCAAAUCCAACUAUGAUAUUUUGCAAAUAUCAAUGAAGUGUCAUAAGUAUAUUCUAAAUGUGACAGGGUUAUAG